GGGUGUGACAUACCUGGGAUCCCUUUAGGAAUGCGCACAAGUCUUCAACAGGCAACUGAGUGUGGAAGCAAAUGCUGGGAUGGUGGAGAGGCAGGAUGUUCUUUUCCUCUUUUCCUCUUGUGACUAAUUGCUGUCACCCAAGUGCUUGCAUUUUUUUCAGUCUGGGAUUCAUAUAGAGCUGCCCUGAACUGCACAGCGUGCAGGACAAAAUUGCCCUUGCUUUGCCUCCUUUGUCGCAGUUCCCCUCAUCCAGUUAGCAGCUAAAAGUUUGGGAUAGUUCUGGUUCAAAGAUUUGGACUGGCUAGUGCUGCAUCAGGCAAAGGCCACUCCCUGGGUUUAUACCUGAAUAUAAAGGUUCUGCUUUUCUGCACAAUUAAGGUAUGAAGCUCCAUGUGCUAUUUCGACUUAGAGAAAACAAGAAAAGCUGGUCUCUUGUUUCCCAAAUCAACUACCUCUCUCUCAGGAAGACUUUCACAAAUGAAGGGUUGGACGUGUCUGCUAGAUGCAAUGGAACACAGUCCUUUCAAGGCCACAGGCCUGCCUUUGUUUCUUAAACACUGCAGAAAGAGCCAGUUCCGCAGGAAUGUGGACCUUCUAGAUUCUGUUCCUCAUUGGGAAGUACAUUAGGGAUAGGAAAUAAAUACUUAGGUGCAUUGUUGGUGUAGCACUACAGUAGCAAAGGAGAGGUGAAAUUUGUCUGUUUAUGUGUGGACUGACCAAACAUGCCAUUCUGUGCAUCAUUUGCAGAGAAUGGUGGGGGAAAGGUUUCUGCAUUAUCAUUAAUGUUGGUUUCAACUGGUCAGCAGAUGGGUAAAAUCUUCCCAACCUGCUGCCCUUUAGAUACAUGAAGACUACAGUGCCCAGAAUUCCUGACUAUCCUUGACUGACACCUUGGAGCAAAGUUGGGUAACCUUUUCCAGGUUAGGCUGCAGCUCUGUUUCCUGACCAGCCAGAAGGCUAAAAAGGUCUUUUGCUGGUAGAGUGAUAUUAGAAAGUAAAGGAUUGAAGAAUGACCUUGCUGGAUCAGGCAAAGGCCCAUUGGAAUCUGGCAUUUUGUUUCUCCCAGCGGCCAACCAGAUGCCUCUGGAUGCUUGCAAGAAGAAGAAGAGGGAGAUGUCACCUCUCCUGUGGCUAUUUGGAGGCACGCAGCUUGCAACCCAAAGCUCCCCCUUCAAGUGCCUUUCAUGAAUUUGUCCAAUACACUUUCAAAGUUGUCCAAGAGAGCAGCUGUCAUUCUCCCCAAGAGGACCUGCUGAGGGUCCCUUACUGGAGGGACUGCCGUCCACAAGAUGUAGGGGCAAGCCUUCUCCACAAGAUGUGGGGGGCAAGCCUCCUGUGGAAGAGCCUGUCCCUGAUAUCCGUCCUCCUUCAUCUUAUUGAGCUUCCCAGAGGGCAUCAAGACUUGGCUGUUCAGGAAUGCUUUGGGGAUGGGGAGGUUUAGGCUAUCCUCAGGGAUGGCACCGUGGGGUUACACGGAUGGGUGGAUUGGUCCUUGGAGGUUGAAUGUUUUUAAUUACUCAGUAUCUUACUGCUUAAUGAGAUCACUUAUGAACACAGGACUUUGAGGAGCUCCAUUUCUUAUUUCCUUCCAUUAAGAAGAUUGCCCGUUUAUUCCUACUCUUUGUUUUCUGUUUUUAACCAAUUAGCAAUCCUUAAAAGGAUGGAUCAAGGCUUUUUGAAAAUCCAUGCAUAGUGUUGAUAGGGUCACUUCCAUCAAUAUGCCCGUUGACACUUUUUCCUGCAUAGCUACAGACAACUCAGUUCACAUCGGUGUAUAUGUAAAGCUAGAGGGGUUUUUUCCCCCCCUAACGUGCAUGAUUUUACAUUUAUUUAAAUGGCAGGAUAUAAGUGACUUUGGCUGGUCUUGAAAAGCUGAACAGGAUCAGCCUUGGUUGAUACAGGCUAGACUGGGAACUUGAAAAAACAUUGUAGAAGAGGACAAUCGUAAACCACUUCUGUAUUGUCCACCAGAAAACUAUGUGAUGAGUUGAACUUGAUUCAAAAUAGAAUAGAAUAGAAUAAUAACUUUAUUGUCAUUCCACUAUACACCAUACACCAAGUGCAUAAUAAAAUGAAAUUCCGUUGCAGUUGGCUAUUAUAGAUAUGUUUUUGAAUAUGGAAUUUUUGGGACUUCUCUAGGUGGUUCCUUGCUCCACAUUCCAUGAUUCUAAUUAAGUUCCACCUGUUGAAACACAAUAAUCCAAUGAUUGGAUGCCUUUCCUUGACAGCAGAUUUUCUUAGCUUGAAACUGCUGACUGUUUUGAUAGUAUAAGCUCUUCAAAAUAAUGUUUUGUCAUCUUUGUCUUCUAUGACCUGCAAAAAAAUCUCUCCAUGUUCCUGAGUUCUUGGACAGUCUAGGCCUUCAGGGUUGGGCAUAAUGCUGCUCUGGUGCCUGCUUUUGAACAGCUUGGGUUCUGGUCCCUUGAGUUUGCAUCAGGUCUGGGUAUUAAGCCAGAAUGUUUUGAAUGCUUAUGCAGAGGUGGGCAGAAUUCUGAAUUAUUUCUCUGUUCAUGCUGUUUCUCACUGGAAGAGGCGCCAUCUUCUUUUUGUAACUGUGUCCAGGAGUGCAAUAAAGGCCUUUAUCAAACAAAUGCAGCAUGAGAAUCCUGUGGAGGGCAGCGGUGAACCUUUUGAAGGUAGCUAAAAUGCAUAUGUAAUGCAGACCACAGGGCAGCUCUUCAACACUGUCUGUGGCAGAAGGCCUCUGAAGUUCUAAUUUCCUUUUUCUCACAGUGUACAAAUGGUCACUUGAUGUGUGCUGGAUGUUUCAUUCACCUACUGGCAGAUGCCCGGCUGAAGGAGGAACAGGCUACCUGUCCCAAUUGUCGCUGCGAGAUCAGCAAGAGCCUUUGCUGCCGAAAUCUCGCUGUAGAAAAAGCAGUGAGCGAACUGCCCUCAGAGUGUGGUUUCUGCAUGAGGCAGUUCCCUCGCUCUCUUCUGGAAAGGCACCAGAAAGAAGAAUGCCAGGACAGGGUGACUCAGUGCAAGUACAAGCGGAUUGGGUGCCCAUGGCAGGGCCCAUACCACGAGCUGACUGUCCACGAAGCGGAGUGCACGCACCCGACGAAGACGGGGAAUGAGCUAAUGGAGAUUCUGGAUGAAAUGGACCAAACGCAUAGAAAGGAAAUGCAGCUCUACAACAGCAUCUUUGGCCUGCUCAGCUUUGAGAAGAUUGGAUACACAGAGGUUCAGUUUCGUCCUUACCGAACCGAUGACUUCAUCACACGCCUUUACUACGAAACGCCCAGGUUUACCGUGCUGAACCAGACAUGGGUAUUGAAGGCCCGGGUUAACGACUCGGAGCGUAACCCCAACUUGUCCUGUAAGCGCACCCUCUCUUUCCAGCUUAUUCUCAAGAGUAAGAUCAGCUCCCCCAUGGAGUGUUCGUUCCUGCUGCUCAAGGGACCUUACGAUGACGUGAAAAUCAACCCGGUGAUCUAUCACUUUGUCUUCUCCAACGAGAAUAACGAAACGGACUACAUGCCGCUCCCCAUCAUAGACUCGGUGGAAUGUAACAAAUUGCUGGCCGCCAAGAACAUCAACCUACGUCUCUUUAUAUUCCAGAUACAGAAGUAAGCAUAAGCUAAACUGGGAGAGUGACCGAGAAAGAAAAGGGGAGACAGAGCACGCACCACUGAACCAGAGUUACCUCGUAUGGCUGCCUCAGCCCCGUUAUAAUUCCACAAUUAUCUGAUUAUUUUAAAGAGAACGUUUUGCAUGUGUGGUAUACAACAGCUCUGAGCAGUUGCUGCCUUCUUUGACUCUCCCCAUUUCUGCCCGAAAAAGGCGGCUGGGGAGUUGGCUUGAUGCAGGGUACUGAGGAGGCCUGAGGGGGUCUCGAGGGCAUCUACCAGUCAAUACAUUGUGAAAAGGCUGCAUCUGUGUCAUGGUUGUGUGUGAUCUCCAUGAUGGGGUCUCGGGGGGCUGAGGUCUCCUCUGUCCUUCCUUCCAUCCUAGGGGGUGGCCUUCUGUCCUGACAGCAACAAGUAUUACAUAGCAUCUGGAAGUGGUGGGCAGACCUUGUUGCACUGGAAUAAAAGAAGGGGGGGGGGUUCCCCAGUAGAUAUCUGAGGGACCCCUAAGAAGGGGUGGUUGCCAGUCUCCUAGUGGAGUGCAUGCCCCAUGCCCAGAAUGACGAGUUCUGCCAAGAGGUGCUUCAUGGUGUGAAUAAGCAGCAGAGCACCACAAACUUCCAUGAAUGUAUCAGUCCAGAGGAUUCUCCCUGCUGUCCCCCCUCGCCCCCCCCCCCAGCUUUUUCACUGUGGCUGAGCUGGUGACUAUUUGAAAUAAAGUCAGGUUUAUAGGAGGCUAAUGAUAGAGGGAUCAUAGAAAGUUGGUCCUUUCUAGCAGGAAGCAGCACCCUCAAAGUGGCUUGAAUUGCACUUCACAAAGUAUCCAGAGACCCCUCCCUGUGGUUUCCUACACGGUCCUGUUUUGUUAACCACCCCCCACCCCCCAACACAGGCUAAGAUGUUGCAUAGAACCGACCCAAAUCAGUGCAGUUCUUCUCGGAAUGCAGGGUGAUUUAUUUUGCCGUUUUGGGAACUUUCCCAGUAUUUUGAACAUCCUUGUGCAAAUGAGUUAACAGGCUCUUCUAGUAAUUAUGCAAU